CCACUGACUUCAGCAGCAGCCGGGUAAGUCAGCAUCGAGAAACGACCAAGCCCCCGUCUUCCUCGUCGCUGUUGCUGCUUGUUUUUACACUCGCCAAGUCGUUCCCUCUGCCGGAAGCCAACGAUAUACCCUCUCUGCCCACACUCUUUUGGUCGGUCGGCUCUCCACCUUGGCCAUCGACCGCUGCCAUACCUCCCUCCAUUCCUCGUGGCUCUGGGCAUCCAGCAAGCCGGUCGUUAGCAAACCGGCCUUGACCAAGGUUCUGGAUGCCCUCUACACAUCCUACAACAACAACCCAGCACUCCGAGCCUUUGUCGAGCGCAACAAAAUGAGCAAGGAUGAGUUCCAGCAGAUCAUGAAGUCGCCCUGGAGCUUCUACAAGUUCAUCCAGGAGUUUGUGGAGAAGAACAUUCCGCAGACCGAGCUCUCGCCCGAACGCAAGCGAGAGCACCUGGAGCGCAUCCGCAAGCUCAGUGUGCUGAUGGACUCGCAGUUCCGUAUUCCUGGCUCCAAACGAACGUUCGGCGCCGACGCCAUUCUGCAGAUGAUUCCGUUUGUGGGCGACGCCGUCUCGACCAUGAUCAUGAUCUAUAUCUUUUGGCUGUCGCGACAGUUCCACCUUCCGUGGUACGCCGUUGCGGGCAUGGUCUUCAACAUUGUGAUCACAGCGAUUGUCGGCACCGUCCCCGUCGUCGGCUCGCUCUUCGAAAUCAGCUACAAGCCCAACAUUCGCAACCUCAAGAUCAUCGAGCGAUACCUCCAGCAAGAAUGCGACUAUCUCGACGAGACCGGUGAUGGCUCGCUGCCGGAUGUGCCCGCCGCCAGCGACGGCGACAUCGGCGAUGGCCGAGGAGGCCGAAGCACUUCCGAGAACCAGCCCCCGUCGACGUUCUUCUCCCGCUUUACCUCGGGAGCAGCAACCGCAACCGCAGCGUCAUCGUCAUCAUCGUCUCCAUCCCAGCCAUCCCAGCCGUCGUCGUCGUCGUCGUCGUCUGGAGGCGCCCCGGCCUCGACCCUGCCGCCGGUGUUUGUCGCUCCAGAGACGGCCGACAAGCUCAAGCGCCUGGAAAACUACUUGUUCCAUAUCCUCGAUAUCGUCAAGGACGACCCCAAGGCCGGCACCACGGCCGUCGACAAAAUGACGGCUCUGCUGAACAUGGCGCUCUCGGAGAUGAAGCCUCCGCAGCUGCCGAACCGUUCUCGAGGCGAGGCAUCGCUUUAGCCGACCUUUUGGCCGUCGGUGUUAGUUUUUAUUGCCCUUGAUCCGUGGUGGCAUCCCCUCCCUUUCCUCUCGCAAAUUUUUUUGUCCCCCCUCCGUCUUUUGUUAUCAGUCCAGCCUCUCCUACGAGGUUCGAAUGAAAGAGAAAGUUGUCCAUUUCAUCUUGCGUGUCCGUAGUUCCCACAGGUGGUCGAUGAUCAUGCAUCAUGAGGGGCGGUGAUCAUUCAAUGAUACAGAUGGAUCGCACUUGGUUCAGUUUCGUGGAGUGUCGCAAUACCCAUGCACUCUUCAUCGAGCUAUCCGUUGAUGUGGGAACUUCGCCCCCCCCUCCCCAAUGGGCCGCCCUCGUUGCAUGUGCGUGUGUU